GCAUCGGGCCCCAGGCAGGGCGACAGGCAUCGGGCCCCCAGGCGGGGCGACAGGCAUCGGGCCCCCAGGCGGGGCGACAGGCAUCGGGCCCCCAGGCGGAGCGGCGGGCGCCGGACCCCCAGGCGGAGCGACAGGUCUCGGGCCCCCAGGCGGAGCGGCGGGCGCCGGACCCCUAGGCGGAGCGACAGGUCCCGGGCCCCCAGGCGGAGCGGCGGGCGCCGGACCCCCAGGCGGAGCGACAGGUCUCGGGCCCCCAGGCGGAGCGGCGGGCGCCGGACCCCCAGGCAGAGCGACAGGUCUUGGGCCCCCAGGUGGAGCGACAGGUCCCGGCCCUUCAGGCGGAGCGGCGGGCGCCGGACCCCCAGGCAGAGCGACAGGCGGUGCGACAGGCACCGAGUCACCAGGCACGACGGUGGGCUCCGAGUCAACUGGCAUGACCGCUGGCACUGGGUCAGACAAUGGAUCGUCUGGCUGGACAGCGGGCAUCGGGUCACCAGGCAUCAGGUCAUUUGGCUCGAC